GUAGAAGGUGCGGGCGGGCGGCGCGCGCGGCCCGGCAGGGCGGGGAAUGGCGGCGGCCGCGUUCGAGCGGCGCGUGCUGCGGCGUGCGGCCGAGCAUCACUAUCUGCGCGUGCGCCUGGAGCUGCCCGACGGCGGGGCCCGGCCGAACGCCGCGCAGUUCAAGCAGCUCGUGGUGACGGCGCUGAGGGAGCUGCACGGAGAGGUUGGUGCAGCCUUGCCUGUUGAUGUCUUAACAUAUGAGGAAAAAACUCUGUCUGCCAUAUUAAGAGUAAUUAGCAGUGGCCUUGUCAAGCUGUGGAGUGCUCUAACCUUGCUGGGCUUCUACCAGAACAGGAGGUGUGCCUUCCGGGUGCUGCAGACAUCUCCGUUUCUACUUGCGUUAUCCGGCAACAGUAGAGAAUUAGUCUUGGACUGAAUGCAGUUGUUGGUUCAGCUGCAUGCAGGAGAAGUUCCUGGAAAUGUUGUGGCCCUUCAGGCGUGGAAUUUCUGGAGGGAUUUUCCAAC